AGAGUUGUGUCUGAGCCUUUGAUUGGUCAUUUCCUUCAUCCUUGCUGUUCGCUUUCACUGGAAUGUAUCUUUAUUUCUUUCGACGCCAUUUCUGCAAGCAGCGACUGACUUCUGGUUCUGUAAAAUGGCGCUGGACCAAUACCUCUCUGUGCCGAUUCUGAUAACGACCGUCACCUUCUUCAUCACGUAUUGGAUUGUACAACUAUGGAACAAGAACCGCAAAUUACCGCCAGGCCCUUGGGGACUGCCCUUCUUUGGGUACUACCCUUUCAUAUCGCCAAACGAACCAUAUAAAGAUUUGACGAAGUUGAGCAAAAAAUACGGCAGCAUCUACAGCUUCCGCACUUUCGGUGGAAGACUCGUCAUAGUGUUGAACGGCACAAAGACGGUAAAAGAUGUUAUCGUGAACAGAGCAGAAGAAUUCAUAGGAAGGCCGCAUGGAGACACCACCCUCACAUGGGUUUCUGAUGUAGGUAUUCUCCAAGACGAAGGUGAAGCAUGGAAAGAGCAGAGGAAAUUCUUUCUCCAAACUGCCAAAAGCCUGGGAUUCGGUAAGCUAGAAAUGGAAGGAAAGAUUCACGAUGAAAUCAAGGGAAUGCUGGAAGACCUUCGCAGGGACUGCAAGAACGGCCAAGAUGUGGAUUUGCAGUCCCAAGCCGCCUACGUCACAAACAGCAUCAUAUCGCAGAUCUUGUUCGGUAAGAGAUUCACCAAAGACGAAUUCCAUCGGAAAAUGGAGAAAGAGUUUUUGGAUUGCGUAAAAGUGUUCGUGGGUAAAAAGCAUAUUCUCAUUGGGAACAUUCUAAAGUUAGUUCUAACAUUCUCACCUUCUAUGAGGAGAGCCAAUAAGGCCAGGGGGGUUCUCCAAAAAUGCGUCAGUGAGAUCGUGAAAGAGCAUUUAACAAGAUUCGAUCCCACUCAUCCAAAGGAUUACGUCGACUACUUCUUGUUGCAAAGAAAAGAGCUGCUGAAAAAUGGGAGCGAAGGCAGUUUUACAGUGGAACGACUUGAAGCCAAUUGCUUGAACCUAUUUAUGGAGGGUACAGAGACUGUCAGCUUCACGGCCAACCACUUGUUAGAGGAAUUGAGUAAAUAUCCGGAAACCCAAAAGAAGAUCCAACAAGAACUGGACAGCAUAGUAGGCAAGGAGAGAUUACCUUCUUGGGCUGACAGAAUAAAGUUACCGCUCCUGGAAGCUACAAUACAGGAAUUGUACAGGAUGGCAACACCAUUCAAUCUGUCGACAAUGUAUUCUAAUUUUAAGCAGACAACAAUCGAAGGAUACACGAUUCCAGAACGAAGUAGCAUCAUUUUCAAUCUGGAUCCCGGAAAUUUUGAUAAUGGAAUUUUUCCUAAUCCUCACAAGUUCGAUCCAUCGAGGUUUCUGAGUGCGGAUGGCAAGAAAAUGAAACAGGAUGGACCAUUUCCGUUUGGGAUUGGUAAAAGAGCAUGCGCAGGAGAGUCCUUGGCGCAUAUGGAAGUAUUUCUCAUCAUUGCUUCCGUCGUGCAGAACUUUACAGUGUACCCGGGUAGUGAACAGGAACGACUAAAACUAGUACCUAGGAAUUUAUAAUGCACAAGAAAAAAAUGUAUCAUUUACUUGUAGAACAUUUGGAAAAUUUACAUAAUCAUAUCUAAAGCUGGUAAAAAAAAAUUAUACACUUUCUCUGGCUAUAUAAGAAGCCUGCACUUUUCUAAAAAUGUUGUUUUUAUUUUAUUUAAAUAAAUCUUUUUGUGACUGAUUUUAUGAUAAAUAAUUAAACAACAAAAACUAAAAAUAUGUAUAAGUUGUUUGUGCACGAAUAAAUUUUUAUAAAUCAUAAUAUAAUUUUUAAAAAUAAAUUUUUUGCACAAAAUUACUAUGAAACUUAGCAGAAUGAAACAAAUAAUAUUUUUUUAA